AAAUAUGUGCGCCAAAAAUAUCACGCCACUGCACGGCCUAGCACAUAAUUUCUUCCUUCCAAACCCUAGCAGAUCGCUAACCAAACCCCUCCCGAUCUCUCUAUCCAGCCCUUGCUGCAUUUCAGGCGAUGCGACGCUGAAGAAACUCAGAGUUUUCAGUUUGGGAACACGGUAGUAACUUUAGGAAAUGGCUUCGGCAUGCAUCAACAGUAUCGGGAUGUCGCCGGAGAACUUCCUCGACUGCCCCCUGGCGACGUACCCUUCGUACGGCUGGCUCAGCCCUCGCAUCUCCUUCAGCCGGGAUGAAGAUUCGUCGAAGCUUACAGGAACCAAACCCCGGUCUCCGGUCGCUGAGGACUCACCGGAAAAGCCAGAUCUAGACAUUCCAGCUGGAGAUUUCGAGUUUAGGCUCGAAGAUCCUGUCACCAUGCUUCCGGCUGACGAGCUCUUCUCCGGCGGAAAGCUCGUUCCGCUGCAGAUCUCAUCGGUCAAACAAUCGGUCAACGAACCCGCCACCUCGUCGGAUAUCAGGAUCUCGGAGUCGGGUAACUUCGGCCGAAUAACAGAAGUAUCCUGUGCGGAACCCUAUCUUUUCUCUCCCAAAGCCCCGAGGUGUUCAAGUCGUUGGAAGGAGCUUCUGGGUCUGAAGAAGCUCUACCAGAACGCUAGCACCAAAACUGAAACCCACAAGACGUCUCCGAGCACUAACCCUAAGUAUCUUAAACAUUUCCUUCAUAGAAGCUCAAAAUCAACGUCUUCUCCCUCUGACGCUUCUCUGAGCGUCCCAUUGUUAAAAGAGUCGGACUGCGAGUCCGUUUCAAUCUCCUCGCGUCUCUCUCUCUCGUCCUCAUCCUCGGGUCACGAACACGAAGAUCUUCCUAGGCUCUCACUUGACUCGGACAAACCAAUCCCAAACGCAAACCCUAAUCCGAUAUCCCUUCAUCGGAAUCCCAGCAACCCACCCAGGAUGAGAAUGGUGAAACCGAGGGAGAUAUUGUCGGAUAAUGGUCCAAAUCUGACUCCGGUGGCGAGGGUGGGAAGAAGCCCGAUGAGGAGGGCAUCCGGGGAGCCAUCCGGUGGAGUGGGUUCUACGGGGGUUUCAGUGGACAGCCCGAGAAUGAACUCGUCGGGAAAGAUAGUGUUUCAGAGCUUGGAGCGGAGCUCGAGCAGUCCUAGUAGCUUCAACGGCGGUCACAGAACGUUCAAGCAUAGGGGAAUGGAGCGCUCCUACUCCGCCAACGUGAGGAUCACUCCAGUUCUCAAUGUUCCGGUAUGUUCGCUUCGUGGGUCCUCCAAGUCCGUCUCCGUGUUCGCAUUCGGCCAACUAUUCUCGUCGCCGCAGAAGAGAGAUGGUAACGGAACUGGAUGGAGCAGUAAGGGCUCGCAUAUCAAGUCCAAAAACCGCUCCGAUCGAACAUGACGGAACCCUGUAGAGGCAAAGAAAGUGGGAGGGUAACAUCUUAAAACUGGUUUCACAAUUGCUCUUAACUUUUUGUUCCUUCUUCGUUCUUAUCUUCUUUUCAAAGCAAAUACCUCAUGGCAUUGUGGCUUUUUGGUGUAAGUUAAUUUGCAUUUCUUUGUCUUUAUGUUUGACCGAUUUUUAGACCAUGUAAAUAUGAGGGGUCUUUAAUUCUUGUUUUCCGCAGAUUGUUUUUGUGGAUGUUCUACAUUUUGUUCUAACUUUUAACGGUAAAUGCUAAGCUAUGGAGUAGCAAAUUUCCAGGUUCUCUGUA